GGCAGCAGCCUCUUACACGCAUCACCGCCGUCUUAGGCUUUACCUCCUCCCGUUCAGGGGAAGCGUUUGCUCAUUCCGCCGUCACGCUGCCACUCUCUCCGUGGGUUGCCGGUUCCUGUCCGAUUGGUGUUUUAUGGUGACUCCUCUGGACUCCCUGUGCUCCUCCGCCUGCUGGGCCCAGCAGCUCCGCGGCUCCGCCACCAUGUCCACCCUGCCCAGCCUCAACACCCUGGGGCGCAUCUGCGGCUCCAGCCACUCCGACGACACCCUGGUGCUGGACCGGGUGAAGAGGAAGAACUCGGUGCGCCGCAUGUCCAUCAUCGAGGACGGCGAGAUCGCAGAGGUGCUCUACCUCAUCCCCAAGCAGUCCAUGAUGGAGCAGCUGCCCUUCCUCAACCCCAACGACUACAUCCUCUGUGAGAAGAUGGCCGGCAUGCCUUUUGAGCUGCCCCAAGCCUACCAGAACCACGCUGCGCCUCCUCCUCCGGCGCCUGAGAGGAGGAGGGUCCAGUGUUUCCGCUGCGGGGAGAUGUGUAAGGGGGAGGUGCUGAGGGUCCAGGCGAGACACUUCCACCUCAACUGCUUCACCUGCACAGUGUGUGGCUGUGACCUGUCCCGCGGUGGGUCCUUCCUGCGCAGCGGGGACUACCUCUGCACGCUGGACUACCAGCGUCUGCACGGGACGCGCUGCCAGGGCUGUGGGGAGUACGUGGAGGGGGAGGUGGUCACCGCCCUGGGGAAGGCCUACCACCCGGCCUGCUUCGUCUGCACCUCCUGCAGACGUCCGUUUCCCACCGGUGACCGUGUCACCUUCAACCGGAAGGAGUGUCUGUGUCAGCACUGCUGUAUCCAGCCCCACCCCUCCGUCUCCAACGACAUCUCCUUCUCCAACAAUUGUGUGGGCUGCGGGAUGGACAUAAAGAACGGCCAGGCUCUGCUAGCGCUGGAGGGCCAGUGGCACCUGGGCUGCUUCAAGUGCUCCACCUGCCACCGCCUGCUGACCGGGGAGUACAUCAGCAGAAACGGACUGCCCUACUGUGAGAGAGACUACCAGGUCCAGUUUGGGGUCCAGUGUGACGCCUGUAAUCAGUUCAUCAUGGGCAAGGUUUUAGAGGCUGGAGAUAGACACUUCCACCCAAGCUGUGCUCAAUGCUGCAGAUGUGACCUUCUCUUCAGAGAAGGAGAAGAGAUGUUCCUACAAGCCUCCGUCAUGUGGCACCCCGACUGCAGGAGCAGCAGCAGUGGAGACACCCGCUCCAGGGCGACCAGGUCUUCGACGGAGAGCCUCUCAUCCCGGCCGGGCUCCGCCGUGGCCACCUCCCCCGGUCACUGCAUCUACGCUAAAGUAGACGACCAGGUGGUUGAUUACCGAGACUUAGCCGCCCUCCCGAGAGUCAAGGCCAUCUUUGACAUCGAUAGCCCGGACUUGCUCUCCUACGGCACCUUCAAUGAGACCAAGGGCCACCAGUCCUCCAAGCAGGACCGGCCCCUCCCAGCUCAGUAUCAGCCAGCAGGAGUUCCCUCUCCUCCUCUGAAUGAGGUCUCUCCUGAGAGAGGGCGGAGGAGCAUGGGGCCGGGGUCCAUCCACCGCCACAGCUACACCCCCAGUGUGUCCCCACAGCACUUUCACCGACCAGGCGUAACUUCCUUUCUGUCAGGCUCCCGGUUCUCCUCCCCCUUUUCUGACCACUUUCUCCCUAUAAGUGCAGAACAUCAAGACAACCUGUACAUGAAGCCCCCCAUUUACAAACAGCAUGACACGCCUCCAGCUGCCUACCAGACCUCCUCCCUGCCUGGCCACGGCCGGCACAGCGGCUUCUUCUGUCAGCAGUAUGGAUAUCCAUACAACCAGUAUGGAUACGCAACGGAUGGAACUACUGGUUCCGAGCUGAGCCGACCUCCGUUCUCACAGCUGGACCGUGGUCUGUCCCUGCCCAACCUCCUGGAACACACUGUGUACCCCUAUGAAGUCCUGGCUGUCACCUCUAGAGGGCGGGCCAAACUCCCCAAGAACGUAGACAGGACAAGACUCGAGCGAUAUCUUUCUCCGGACUCCUUCUACAAAGUGUUUGAGAUGAACUUCCAGGAGUUCAACCGGCUUCCUCUGUGGAGACGCAACGACCUGAAGAAGAUAGUGAACCUCUUCUAGUCUGAGAGGCUUGUCUCAUUAACUAACUCAACGACCUGGGGAAGAUGUGAACCUCUUCUAGUCUGGAGGCUCAUCUCAUGAACCAACUCCCCCUCACCAUCGCCUUUUGGUUUCAUUGUUCCUCAACUUGAAUUUAAAUGAUUUUACCAACCAGAUAAUUCUUUGUCAUGGGUUUUGAAUGUUUAGCCUACGCUCACUUCUGUGUACUUCUGUGUCAUAAAUCCCCUCCUUGACACGAUUUCGGUAUUGAUUUCUGAUACUUUUGUAGACUUUAUGGAAUAUUAAACAAGGUAAACUAAA